GGUGAUAAUGAGCUAAGGGUUAUUUGGGUCGUCUUUCGUGUGUCUUCUUUCACUUUGAGGGAAGAUUCGCGUCGAAUUUAUGGCAAAUCAUAAACGAAUUCAUACAACAGCUGCGGCCCGGCUAAGACAGGAUUACUUGAGAAUCGUCAGAGACCCAGUUCCAUAUAUCACAGCGGCCCCUUUGCCUUCGAACAUACUAGAAUGGCAUUACGUUGUAAGAGGUCCAGAAAAUACUCCUUAUGAAGGUGGUUUCUAUCAUGGCAAGCUGGUCUUCCCAAGGGACUUUCCUUUUAAACCUCCCAGUAUUUACAUGAUAACCCCAAAUGGAAGGUUCAAGGUCAACACAAGGUUGUGUCUGUCAAUCAGUGAUUUUCAUCCAGACACAUGGAACCCUGCAUGGUCUGUCUCUACAAUACUUACAGGUCUUCUAAGCUUUAUGAAUGAAACAGCACCCACACUAGGAAGCGUAGAAACUUCCGAUUUUCAAAAAAGACAAUAUGCGGUUAUGAGUGGUCCCUUUAACCUGCAAGACAGAAUAUUUUGUGAGCUUUUCCCUAAAAUUGCAGAGGAAAUAAGAGAAAAGAUGACUUGCAGCGCAGGCAUGAAUGCCACACCUGACAAAACUGUUACAUCAAGCCAGAGCAGUCUAGCUUCUGAAAAUGCUGGGGAAGCUCAUAAUGGACUUGUUGGAAGCACACUGAUCAACAUCUGUGUCAUCCUUGGGUUUGCUGCCUUUGCCUACACUGUGAAGUGUGUGCUUAGAGCAGUCGAAAACAGCUAGGUGCAACAUCAAAAGGUGAAGCCACCAAGUGCAUUAUUGAUGACCCUGAGGUGGACAAGUUAGGCACGUAGUAUACACACCAGGGUAUAUAUAACGAGUGGUACUCAAGAAGCACAAACACUCUCGGUUUACUAAAAGGACAAUCACAUGGUAGACAAGCAUAGAUUAUUGACUAGAUUACUAUUAUUUACUGGAUUAUUGAUAUACUGACAAUGCAUUGACAUGUUUGUUAGUGCAGUAGGGCACCAUAAACCAUUAGAGAGAGCACCUUUCAGGUGUCUGUCUAUUUGUUUAUCUCUCUUUAUGUCAGUCUGGCUGACUGUCAGUCCGUCCCUACUUUUGUUGUGUCUGUCCAUUUGUCUUUCCGUUCGUCCAUCUGUCCGUCUAUAGUUGUCCAACUAUACCACACCCUUGUUUUGGGUUCUGUUUGUUUUAAUUUUUCCUCUUUAUUUCUGCAGUCUUAAAUUGCCUGUUUGUUGAAUGGAGUUUGUUAAUAUGUGCUAGCUCGUAUUAAAAACAUGAAUAAAUAUGACAAAAAAAA